CCCACCUCCCCCUCUCUCCCCCUCCCUCUACAACAUUCCUCCCUCACACACAGCCAAAACAGCAAAAUGCGGUGUCCCAAAUGCAACCGAUCAGAACGCGUAUGCCACAAAACCAAAAAGAGCUCGAGCUCAAGUACCAGCAAGACCAAACCAAGCAGUAGCAGCAGCAGUACCUCCAAACCCACCACGAAAAUGGAGUCCAGAUAUCCUACCUACCACGGAUCCGGAAGCCAGAGGAUAAGUUCAAGUUCCCACCGACCUUCAGGCUCAGGAUCCAGCUCUCGCCGCAACAGCGCCGAAAAUGGACUAUGGGACCGUUGGUCGGGCCCACAUUAUGGGAAGGAUCCAUACUAUGCAAAUAUGAAUGAGGAGCAGUUGAGAGAUAUAAGGAUUUUGCGCUUUGGAAGUGAGAACCCGACAGUGGAAGAUAAGCUGUGGAAGACAACGCUCCCCAGGCCGAGUGAUGCGGAGAUCGCGCGCAGCCCCGUUCCCCAAACCGAAAGAGAUCUUUUCGCGGGUACGUCGAAAAGCACGCUCCAGUCAGGAGGCGGUAUUCAGAGCGGCUUGCAACUGAAAAACGAUCAGGGCUCAGGAUAUUAUGGACCUUGGAAAGGAUCGGGCAGUAUAACAGGCGCAGGCAUUUGGGGAGGUGGCAGACCUGGUUCGCACCGUUGAGGUUGAAGUGAGAGCUGUUAGAGGUAGAGGAGGCUGACAGAUGCUUUGCGAGAUGUUAAAGUCUGAGUUCUGUUGUAGAAGAAUCGUCUUGCAAGAGCUUGCAGAUGUUUGCGAGAUAUUUGGAAGUCUGAGAUCCGUCG